AUGAAUGAUGAAAGCAUGCGCACGGAAUUAUCAACUAUUCAGAUGCAGAUGAACCAAACAACGAAUGAAUCACUGGAAUCUACUCGUCGUAUGCUCGGUUUUUGUGAAGAAAGCAAAGAAGCUGGAAUACGAACAUUGGUUAUGCUUGAUGAACAAGGAGAACAACUUGAUGCAAUUGAUUCCGGAAUGGAUCGUAUAAAUGCUGAAAUGCGUGAUGCAGAAAAAAAUCUUGAAGGUCUUGAAAAAUGUUGUGGUUUAUGUGUACUUCCAUGGAAAAGAACGAAAAAUAUUGAAAAAAGUGCUGCUUAUAGCAAAACAUUUAAAAAUAAUGAAGAUGGAAAAGUAAAUGCAUCAGGUCCAAGACAAAUUGUUACACAGAAUGGUGUUGGUCCCGGUUCCGGUUAUAUUCAAAGAAUAACGAACGAUGCACGUGAGGAUGAAAUGGAAGAAAAUCUUCAACAAGUAAGUACAAUGAUUGGUAACCUACGAAAUAUGGCUUGCGAUAUGGGUAAUGAAAUUUCCAAUCAAAAUAAUCAAAUUGAACGUAUUAAAGGAAAAACGGAUAUAAGUCAAAGUCGUAUUGAGGGAGCUAAUAAACGAGCUAAAACAUUGCUGAAAAGUUAA